ACAGUCAGACUACACACAGUCACCGUAAAUGUAACACAUCCAUUUAAGCGCACUGGUAGAACGUACCUAAUACAGUGCAUGCGCGCAUGUUUGGUAUUCGAAAGAUUAUUGCUUCGUUGGGAAUUGCCAGGGAUUGGAGGUAGAGAUCCACGUGCUUGAUUCGUGUGUUCUCUGCACGAGACGACAUGAGCAGCAACAGCUCAGGUACUUCAAACAUGGUUGUUAAUCAAACUACAGAGAUGUCUGAAAGUAACGCAACGGAAACAGAAAACACUAUUCCUGAGAGUAUGGGCGACCCUUCUUACACCGACUCCAUCGGUAGUGCAGAUAGUCGCACAGCACUGCUCAAAAACGACAACUCUCAUGAAGACACUCUCAAUAAAUUUCUCUCACACAACGAACCUUCAUCCAAUCACAGUUCAUUUUGGGAUAUCAGCGAUUUGGGUCACGAAAUUGAAGGGAAACUUGCACUACGAGAGAGAAGACAAGAAAGGGAAAGAGGUCAUAUAUUACAAGAGAGCAUAGCUUACAUAGACCCCUUAGUACCACCAAGUCCUCACAUCAAUAGAUUGCGAAGUGUCUGCCGAAAUGCAGUGCAAUCUCUGAGUCAAGAGGUUGUCUACAGAUCAAUGUCUGUUCUUGCCAUUAAUGAAAAAGGUUUGAAAACAGUCAAUGACGAAAAUUCCCCAGCAGUUGAGAUAGAAGUCGAGGAAAUAGGGUAUAUCAACAAUCACCUCAGGAACCUAAUCUUUUUAAGCGUUGGUAUAUCUUUGGUAAGCACUGCCAUCGGAUCUCUACGUAACCUUCUGAGCAGUAUGUACCAUGACAGCGGAAUCGGGGUAUACUCACUCGCAGCAAGCUAUGGAGCAUUUACGCUGUUUAGUCUUUUGUCACCAUUUGUCGUUCAGAAAUUCCGUCCCAAAUUCUGCCUCGUUGCUGGUAUAUUCACGCAGCUUUUGUACGUUGUUGGAAAUUUAAGGCCGACAUUUUACGUCUUUAUACCCGCAUCUUUCCUUCAGGGAAUGGGAAACAGUCUGUUGUGGAAUGCCAUGAGUACGUAUACAAGUUACCUUGCCCGAGCAUCUGCAAUUAAAAAUGGAAAGAAAACAGAAGACGUAGCAAGCAAAUAUUUUGGAAUAUUCUUUUUCUUCUACCAAUUGUCUUUUGUGGUGGGGAAUCUCAUUUCAUCCCUCGUUCUGCUCUUCGUCCCAGACAAUGAAAACGGAGCAGAAACUACAACUACCUCAUCUAUUCUAAACAUGUCCAUUCUGAAUGAAUCUCAAUAUGUGUUAACUGCCAAUGAAUCAAACAUGAUCUUAAUGAACUCCGAAAGCAUAUGUGGUGCAAAGUUUUGUAAUCACUAUAAAAUGGCCCAUUCAAAUUUGCACGUUGACGAGGACACAGCUGGUAUAUUAAUUGGGAUAUAUGGUAUGUGUGUUGUUGUCUCCCUGGUUGUUUCUCACGUUCUGCUGGACCCCAUUGCUACUUACAAAGCUUCGGGAUGCACCUGCCCACAAAUCUUCAAUCAAGUUGGAUCCGUUUUAAAGUGCAUGACAAAUCGAAAAUUCAUCCUUGUUACUCUCGUUUUAAUGUAUAGUGUGAUGCAGUUUGGAUUUGCGGCAGCGGAAAUGACAAAGGCUUUUUUAUCUUGUCCACUGGGUAUCCAUAUGGUUGGCUACACAAUGGUUGGAUACGGAGUGUUUGGAGGCCUGAGUUCUUGGAUCAGCGGCUUCAUGUGUCAAUACGUCGGGAGAGUGGCUCUCAUUUCUUUGGCCGCCUGUUUAGACUUGGCACUCCUGCUCUUCAUGGCCCUGUGGGAGCCCAAUCCAGAACAAACAGUCUUGUUUUUUCUUCUUUUGGGAUUGUGGGGCGUAGGCGAUGGUAUCUGGAUUUCACAAGUGAACAGUAUUGUAAGCGCACUCUUCCAUGACAAACUUGAGGACGCAUUUGCGAGUUUACGAGUUCUUCAAGGUUUAGGAGGCACUGUGGUGUUCUGCUAUUCCAACAGUCUGUGUGUGAUGGAGAAAAUGUAUAUUCUGGCGGCAGUCUGUAUCGUGGCCACUGUCCUGUACAUUGCAGUGGAAAUAAUGGAGAAAAAAAGGGAACCCAAGAAUGACAAGUCCGAGACGUCCAAAGCUGAAAAUGCUUAAAUUUGUUCAAUCCUUUCUUACUCUUCAACAUUCAAAAAUACUGCAUAUUGUCUUAUUUCAAGGUGAUUGAAUAUCAUAUAUGUUUAUGUUUGUAUAUAUGCUUUCCGUUUCAUUUGGAAAACAUUAUUCAUUAUUGGAAGACCGAAGUGUGAAAGAAUUUUGUUUUUCGGAGAUUUUGCUUCAGCGAAUUAAAGCAUAAUUUUUUGGUCAUUCGGAUGACCUAUUGCUAUCUUGUGCAUCGUCGUUUGUAGUUAGUUGUGCCUUUGGUCGUAAACUCUUGAACAUUUGCAGUUUUUUGGUGAUGAGUAUAAUGGGGUUUGAGUCCUGUACACAAUUUUGAAAUUGAUGACCCCAGGGUUCAUGUACCAGGGUGGAGCUAGAUUGGCCAUAUACAUUAUAUAUUGAAACUGCAAUAGAAAAUCUUCUUUACUGCUUGACAUCAAGUCCGUGAGUUCAGAGUUCUGGUCCCAGGGGAUGGGGCUUAGCUGAUCAUAUGUUGAAAAUGCAAUAUAUUUUAGAAAAUCUUUCCUUCUGGGCAGCAAGCAGCCAAAUUUUUUGCACGAUUAGCUAUAAUGAGCAAUAGAUCCUCUUUUGAAUUGAAAUCUGUAUAAAUUAGUUUCCCUUUUAGAACUCAAAAAGAAAAUCACAUUUGACUGUUACACAUGUAUGUGAUGAUAAAAUCACAUUUGACUGUUACACAUGUGAUGAUACUUACAUUUGACUGUUACACAUGUGAUGAUACUUACAUUUGACUGUUACACAUGUGAUGAUACUUACAUUUGACUGUUACACAUGUGAUGAUACUUACAUUUGACUGUUACACAUGUGAUGAUACUUACAUUUGACUGUUACACAUGUGAUGAUACUUACAUUUGACUGUUACACAUGUGAUGAUACUUACAUUUGACUGUUACACAUGUGAUGAUACUUACAUUUGACUGUUACACAUGUGAUGAUACUUACAUUUGACUGUUACACAUGUGAUGAUACUUACAUUUGACUGUUACACAUGUGAUGAUACUUACAUUUGACUGUUACACAUGUGAUGAUACUUACUCUCCUAUAAAAGAAUGGUAGUGUUUCAAUUGUGAUAGUUACACAUCUAUCAUCAAGUACAAUCAGUUUUAAACACCAAACAUUGCAUCAAGUACAAUCAGUUUAAAGACCAAACAUUGCAUCAAGUACAAUCAGUUUUAAACACCAAACAUUGCAUCAAGUACAAUCAGUUUAAAGACCAAACAUUGCAUCAAGUACAAUCAGUUUUAAACACCAAACAUUGCAUCAAGUACAAUCAGUUUUAAACACCAAACAUUGCAUCAAGUACAAUCAGUUUUAAAGACCAAACAUUGCGCAUACUCGGAUGAUUGUUAAGGCUAAUGGGCAUCUUGUUCGUUUUAAUGUGAAAAGAUUUUUUUUUUUCACUGUAAAAUUCAUAGGAUCUGUGAAGACGCUUAAUUAAAUCAUAUAUAAAUCAAACCAUUUCUAUGAAAUGGAUGGAAAUCGUGCUGAGGUCAUAAAUCAACAAACAUGAUGAUGAAAAAUUUCAUUAUUAUUCAUCCAUAACAACUAUGUCAGAAAAUUUGUAUAUUUUUUUACAGUCAUGAAUAAAGCUUUUCAUUGCUAGUGAUAGUGCAAAAUGACAGUUAAAUUCACACUGUUUUAAACUAUGCUUAUAGAUGUAUUAUUUUGCUGCAGAUUAAGAUGACUAUUGAUUAUGAAUUUAUAUCAUUUAUGCCUGAUCUGGAAAUAGUUGAUUUGUGGGAAUAAAAGAUAAAUGUCCGAU